UGUGUGAGCUGCACAUCCACGCCGACUGCGCGCCUUCAGCUGCGCCGACUGUCGCAGCUCUCACCUGGACGGGACUCUGGAGCAGCAUUUCUUGUAUCGAAGCAGAGCCACUCACUCGCAGGAUUUACUUUCUGUUGCUCCAGGAUACGUUUCACCACCACUGGAGGGAGGGGAACCUGGCGUCGGCAGCCAGGUGUGAGGUGUGUCGGCGCUUCGGUUCGUCCGACGUCCUGGCGGGGAUGAGGUGUGAGUGGUGCGGCAUCACGAGCCAUGCGGCGUGUUACCUCAGCGUACCACCAGAGUGCACCCUGGGACGUCUGCGCUCCAUGCUGCUGCAUCCGGCCUGCGUCCGCCUCGACUCUAGAAACUUCAGCAAGAUGCACUGCUACCGCAUCACUGAGAGCUGCAGCCAUGACCUGGAUAACUCAGACGACGUUGAUUCGUCUGCUGCGGUGUCUAAAGACGGUCAGACGGCUGCUCCAGAGUCAGGUAAGCAGCUCCUCAAGGUGUUUGACGGUGACGAUGCAGUGAAGCGCAGCUACUUCCGACUGGUCUCCAUAUGUCGGGCCACGAGGAAUGAGGAAGUGGUGGAGGCGGCGCUCAGGACCUUCUACCUCCCCGACGAGCCUCAGGACUUCGAGCUGCAUGAGAUCGGCGGCCUGCAGCGUCUCCACAGCGAUGACAUCCUGAACCGUAACGGCGGGCCGGACAACAGGGGCUCCCUGAAAGACGGAGGCGACGCCUGGCUGCUGAGGGCCAAACCCCGAGACGCAGAGGUCAUCAAGGUGUACGCCGGCUGGCCCAGGCCGGGUGAAGCGUUCGUCAGAGUCUCUGUUUCAAAGAGCAGCACGGCGGCUUCAGUCCUCACCGAGGUCCUCAGUCAGCUGGACAGACAGGAGGAGGACGUGUCCGGCUUCAGCCUGCUGGAGGUCUGCAUGAGCAGCAAGCAAGUGCAGAGACAGACGCUGACGCCUCAGGAGAAGAUUCUGGACAAACUGCAGGAGAUCAGGAAGCUGUCUCUGCGUCAGAUGAACCAGACUCGGUUCUACGUGGUGGAGAACAGGAACCGAGCCGUGCAGGUCAACCUGCUGAUCGGAGGACUGCCCCCACUGCUGACCAAAGAGGAGUACGCCCAGCUGAUCCAGGAACACCUGACCAUCAAGAGUCACCUGGUCACCAUCAGCCACUUCUAUCCCAGUCAAGGUGCGGUGGCGUUGCAGAUCUCGUGUUUCUCCGAGGCAGAGAGGAUCUACAUGUUGGCAAAAGACACGUCCGUCAACAGCAAGUCGCUCACUUCCCUCGUCAUCCCGGAGAUCGUGCACAACAAGCUGGGAGAAGACGUCUGUCCCCUGCUGGUGUUCGUCAACCCAAAGAGCGGAGGUCUGAAAGGUCGAGAGCUCCUCUACAGCUUCAGGAAACUCCUGAACCCUCACCAGGUCUUCGAUAUCUCCAACGGAGGACCGCUGGCUGGUCUCCAUACCUUCAGGGAGGUUCCCAGGUUCCGGGUGCUGGUCUGUGGGGGUGAUGGGACAGUGGGCUGGGUGCUUGGAGUACUGGAGGCGGUCCGACACAAACUGGUCUGUCGAGAGCCGCCCAUCGGCAUCGUACCUCUGGGAACAGGUAAUGACUUGGCUCGAAUCCUGCGCUGGGGGCCCGGUUACAGCGGCGAGGACCCACACCACAUCCUGGUCUCUGUGGACGAAGCAGACGAGGUUCUGAUGGACCGAUGGACCAUCCUGCUGGACGCUCAGGAUAUGUCUGAGGAUGGCAAGGACAACGGCUUCCUGGAGCCGCCCAAGAUCGUACAGAUGAACAACUACUUUGGUCUCGGCAUCGACGCGGAGCUCAGCCUUGACUUCCACCUGGCCCGAGAGGACGAACCUGACAAGUUCACCAGCAGGUUCCAUAACAAAGGGGUGUACUUGAAGGUUGGUCUGCAGAAGAUCAGCUACACCAGGAGCCUCCACAAAGAGCUCCAGCUUCAGGUGGACACUCAGAACAUCCCAUUACCAAACAUAGAGGGUCUGAUCUUCCUCAAUAUACCAAGCUGGGGGUCAGGUGCUGAUCUGUGGGGGUCAGAGGUCGACGGUCGCUUUGGGAAACCGAGCAUCGAUGACGGUUUGCUCGAGGUGGUCGGAGUCACUGGGGUCGUCCACAUGGGCCAGGUGCAGAGUGGCCUCCGAUCUGGGAUUCGUAUUGCUCAGGGGAACUACAUCCGGCUGACAGUAAGUAAACCCAUACCUGUCCAGGUGGACGGAGAACCGUGGAUCCAACCUCCGGGACAUAUCAUCAUCUCUGCUGCUGGACCGAAGGUCCGGAUGCUGAGGAAGUCUAAGCAGAAGCAGAAGAAGUCAUCGGCGGGUGCAAAGGACGGACGUUCAGAGAGUCCUUCCUCCAGAGACGGAGGACACUGACCUGUCCCACCUGAACAUCACUGUCCUGUCAUUUACCUGCUUCCUGCUGCACCUGGGAGUCCAUGUUGGUGCCAGCAGCCAGCUGUGAUGUCUCUCACAUGGCUUCGUAGCGACGCUGACGGGUCGCUGAUCGACUAUAAGACUGCAGGAAGUUUAACUUUUACAGCCUGAAUGUGGUGGGAGGAAGACCGGUAUCGCCUCACGUUUCAGAUCAUUAUUUCCAUCCUGCUGACUAAGCACGUACUAGUUACAGAAUUCAUAAUAACCAUGGUUAAUAUUUAGCACCUAAAAUGUACUUUUCUACUUAAAAGGCAAGAUAGGAAGUAUCUAAUACAUUCGUAGUAGAAUUUCUGCAUAGUUUGGGAAAACGUUAAUAUUGAAUUUUGACAAUUUCCCGGUAUGGAUAAGCUUCAGAGUUAAAAAAACAAAGUAUUUAACAGAAGUUGUUAAAUUUCUCUCCAGAUGUUACUGUACAGUAAGUAUCAGUAGACUCUGUGUCAGUUGAUAUAUUAUAAUAGCUUUAGUUGUGAAAAAUAAUGUGCAGCUAUAGAGUGAUUAUGACCUCGAUGCUGGUCAUUUUGUCAUAGCAAAACAUGAAGAAACUGAAUACUGAAACACUCCUGAAGAGACUGACAGGCAGUUUUUUAAGAAGCUGCACCCACGUUAUGUUUUCUUUUCUUCUUCUUCUCGUAGGAAAUCCUUUAGUGACAUUGGUUUUCCAAAUGUCAGUGGACAAUGUUGAUAUUGUGGUGAAGCUCUCCAGAGCUAAUGAGCGCGCAAAAUCAAACAUGAAAUCCCUGAUUCUCUGAAACCACAGUGACCACUGUGCAGCAUCAGUGUGCAACUGGAAAUUUCACGGAAGUGAAAGGAUUGAUUUAAAAAAAAAAAAAAAAAAAAAAAACUACAACAAUUAAUGUGAGUCUGAGCUGUGGUACAGAGUGUUGACUGGAGAUAAACAGUAACGCCUGAAGCACAGUUUGUUUUAAGCAAAGACGGAAGCUUGUUCUUGUAAAGGGUUAGAGAUUGAAAAAGCUUUUAUCUUGGUAACAACAUCAGCUAAAAAACCCUGCUGUCAGUGUUGUGUCACCAAAUUUGUUUAGCCUCAAAUUAACAAAAAAAAUAGUAGGAUAUGACUUUAUCUUUCCAUUACACAUUUCAUUGAAAUAGAAAUAAAAUAGACAUUAAGUGACAUGCUACAGAUGGUGUUGUCGUGAAGGUAGAAAGUGUCUUGUAGUCAAAAAUCUUUUAGUAUAGUCUUCCUGAUUACAAUAGAAACUGUGCUGCAGCUUUACAUUUUGUUUUCAGUUAAUGCUAACGUGCACGGCUAACUUUUUCUUUCUGUCUUCCCUGAUAGCAGUUAGCCUAGCUGUUUUGUCAUUGAAUCUUAAGUGCAUUUUAUUGAACAAGUGUAUGAAGACGUAUCUGAAGGGUGGCAGUGUCCAGUCCAGUUUAACAGAGACAAAUCUCUGCUACUUCUCAGUUGUUGCUAAUGUUAAAUCCCCCUUUCAACAGCAAAGGACUCAAAAUAAAAACCUACAAGAAAAAAAAUUAGAUUUCUUCACGUGCCAUUGGCACCGCCCAAAACUAGCUAGAAAACGAGCUAUACUUAACUAGCAACAGCUUUGUGGGCUGGUUUUAACUAACAAGUUACCAAGUAUGCCAAAACAAAACUUAAAUCGUGAAGACUUCCUAAAAUGUGGGAACACUGUGCCACUCUGAUUGAGUCACUAAGAGAACUGAGAACUAACUACAUUACCAAUUUGCAAGCUAGUUGGUAAGAUGUCUUACCAAAACAACAUUAAAACAAAACUCAAUUAAUUUUUGGGAAAACAAGUUAAUCAAAGGUAUAAAUUUACUAAAACAUGUGAACAAAAUGUGACACUGAUUAGGUAGUGCCAGACAAGCUAGAAAACAGGGUAAGCUAAAGUAGCAUUACUGGCAUAGCGAGCUAGUAAGGUGAAUCGCUAGGAAACUAAAUUGCCAAAACAAAACAACGGUCAGUUUAUUUUAAGAGGGGAGAGAAAACAUUUAUUUGAGGGUAUGAAUUUACUAAAAUGUGGAGACAAAUAUGGUGCUGGGAUCAAAGGAAGCACCUGACUCUAGCUAGAAAACUAGUUAAACUAAGCUAGCAGCAUUACUAGCAUGGCUAAGUAGCUAGCUAGCAGAUUAGCUACGUUGUCAAAACUAAACUCCGUAAAUUGAGAGAAACAAAUAAAUGUAAAUGAAGAGUACAUGCGGCUAUCUCUGCAAUCAGCCUGACAAAAAAGAAAAACCUUAAAUAUACUAUAUUUUUGAUGUGUUGCCAAUCUGAUGGAAAAGCCUUCAUAUGUUUAUUUUGCUUCCAUUUAAAUUGCCCCUUAUUUUGGUGCAACCUAUUGUAUUGGUUAAUGUGACCAGGCCCUAACACGACAAACAGCCCAAACAACUUUCCAAUAAUUUCUGUUUCCUGACCCUAAAAGAGGAGCUUCAGCUGCCCGUUAAUACACCGUGAGUGUCUGACUGAAGGAUUUGAGGAGGAUUUAAUGACAGAGACACUUCGUCCACAUUCCCAGAGUGUAAAGAAACACAGUUUUUAGAAAGUUAUAAAGCAGACGAGGGAUCUGAUGCUGAAGAUCCCAGCUCUUGAUGUAGCCACAACAGUAUUUGAUCACUGUACUUUGGUUGUAAUAUUUAGAUUUUCUUCUGCAUUAACAGAUUUAUUUUGAUGUUUUUUGGUGCUAGAGGAAAACACUUUGUUAUAGUUCUGUGCUUUACUUGAGACUCGAGGAUCCUGUUUUUAUUCAAAGCCUCAAACAUUUUUGCAUUUUAACAUGAGGACUAAAGCAGGAAGAGUUUCUGGCUUUGAAUAAAGAAAGGUCUGAGAUUUAUUGCUGAUACAUCAGUGGCAUUAACUGUUCAUUUUAAUCGACUGUGGAGUAAAGUGCUGCUUCAUCUGCAGUUGAUUGUGUGCUGACAGUAGGAUGUAGCUGUGAGUAGUUUUUUAAACUGUUCAGAUAUAAAAUACAGUCAGUGUUUCUAUUACAUGCAUGAAGUACUGUAGUUUCUGCCUCCAUGUAGAGCUGAGUGUUGUGUUUUUACAGCAGAGUUUAAUGUCCACUGUCACCGUUUAAAUAUUAGAAAAGAUCCUGCAGCUUGGUCCGUGUACAUAACAGCCAAUCGAUUUUUGUUCUGGAGUAGGAAAACGGAUGACGAAUCUUUUCCUGUUUCUCGUUUUGGAGGAAGAAAAUGGAAAACAAAAAAAGAGCCGCUUUCCUUUUUUUCAGUUAUGGGCUUUGUGCGUUUAUUUGUUUUUAUUUUGCCCUGGAAGUCACCCAGUGAUCGAUAGCACAGGAUCCCUGUAAGCUAGCACAGUCCUUUUCUGUGCUGCCCUGCUAAUGCGCUAAAGCUGACCUUAGCUAGCUAUCUUUACUCAGUUGAGAUUAAAAUAGAUGACCACAGCUAGCUAUUUUUCACAGUUUUUCGGCAGCAUAGAAAAGGAUUGACAACCGAAACACGAAGAUGUGGGCUCAUAGCAGGGUGUUUCUUGCUCAUCUGUUUUUGCCUUAGCUGAGCAAAGACAGCUAGCUAAGGCCAACUUUAUUCGCAUUAGCUGGACAGCACAGGAAAGGACUGCGCUAACUUAUGGGGGUCCUGUUCAUUAGCACAACGGAACAGAUGGGAUUUAGGCCUGUAACUGAUUUCUCAUUUCCCCUGUGUUAACAUAAAACAAAAAUAAAAAAUACUAGUCGUUCAUUGUUCCAAAACGGAAAAUGGAAAACAGAUCGUUUUUCGUUUCCAGUUUCUUAUUCCAAAACGAAAAAUGGGAAAAUGGGAAAAUGGCUAGUCAUCUGUUUUCUGUUGUCCCACAAAAAUCGUCGGUUGUCCACGGACCCUGAUUGUGCUCCACCACUGAGGAUUUGUCUCUUUAGUCCAAAGAAGCAGCUCAAAGUGUUUCACCUGUUGUGACUUUUAGCUUUCAGCCUGAGAAAGUACAAAAAAUAAGUUCAUAAAAGGCCAAAAAAGAAAAGGUAGAAAGCAGCAUUAAUGCUUAGAUAGUGCCCAAAUUAUAAACAGGGUCUGUAAUCGGUGAAAUUCAAGAAAAAUAUUGGAUUUAAUUUUACAUAUUCUAAUUCCAAAAUUAUGUUUUUAUUUACUUUUCUUGAAGGUUUGUGUGGGGAACAUUAAAACCACCUGCCUGAUAUUGUGUUCGCCGAUGCUACAAACUGAUUUUACGUUUUGUUGAAUGUUUAAAAAAGAAAAUGUGCUUUAACGUGACUUUUCUGCUUCUCUGCGUCCGUUCGUGCCUCGUACAGCGUCCUGACUUUUUUACCUGUGGAUGUUAAGCCCCGCCCAUCAGGUGUGAAGGUGGAAGUCUGCGUAGUGCCUCAUCGAAAAACGCUUCAACACCCUCAGUGCUCUGAUGUUUAAACAUGUAUGUAUGUGUGUUAAUGCAGUGGUGUGCUGAGCUAACGUGCCUCCAGACGUCGAUUACAUUUUUUCUUUUUUGCUGUAGGUUCAGUUUUUACCUGAAGUUUUAUUGAAUAGAUGAUGAUGUAUAUUUUCUGUAUAUUUUUGCAGACAGAAGCUGUUUUUUUUAGUUUCCACUGUAAAGUUUUAACUGUAAAUUGCACUAAUUGUUUUACAGAUGCUCUUAGAUGUGACGUUCAGGUUAUUAAUAUUAAUGUUGAAAUAACUAAAGCUAAAUAUAUAGUACAUAUAUAUAGAUAUAUAUGUUUAAAUAAUGAUUCUUAAAUGUGUUUAAUCACAAUAAACUAAAGACCAUCAAAUAAUUAAUGA